AUGUUGUUAAAUGCAGGUCGAAUGUUGCAACAAUAUGUUGUAGACAAUUAUGUCAAAAUUGAAUCAGGCAGGUUAAGGUGGAUUAGAGAGUACCAACGUGAUAUACAUGCUGAAGUGUACCAAGGUUUACAGGAUGCUUUGCAUGUCGGUGAAACUAAUGCAAAAAACAUUGGAAAAAGAACAAUAUUGCCAUCAUCGUUUAUUGGAGGUCGUCGAGACAUGACACAACGUUAUGAAGAUGGCAUGGCUAUUGUUCUUCAUGGCGGUAAACCAGAUGUUUUUCUGACAAUGACAUGCAAUCCUUCUUAG